AUGAAUAACCAACAGGUUCAUCUCACAUUUAAAAAUGAUUUAAAAGAAGAUGAAAUUAUUCUCGCACAGUUUGAACAAACAAAAUUCGAAUCACUUCCUCAACCUAUGAAACUUAUUAAAGAUGUUCUUACACCUGAAGCACCAAAUAAAAAAGAUGAACAAAAAAGACAGUAUUAUAAAAAGGCUAUCACUGAUGCUCCUUUUAUUCUUUCUGCAGGUGAACAACCACUUCCUGCACCUAAAUUAGAUCCAAUAACAAAUCAAAUGAUUUCAACUAAACCAAUUAUCACUUUAGGAAGUAGAAAAAUUAAAGAAGAAGAAAAGUUUGCAUUAAUUCAAGUACAAGAUGAUGGGACUGCUACAAUAAAUAUUUUAGAUGAAAAUUGGAUUUUUAGCAGAAAGGCUGAUAUGGAAAAACCACUUUUUUCAAAUGCUGUAGAAGAGGUUGAUGCUUCUGAUGAUAAUAGAGUUAAAAAAAAGGAAUACCAAAGUGAAGAAGAACGAUAUUCUAAUUUCAGUGAUAGGUAUGGUGAUGAUGAAGAUGAUUUUAAUGAAAAGAAUGAUAAAACUGUUUCUGAAGAGAGUGAGGAUGAAGAAAAGAAAGAAGCAAAAUCACGUAAAAGAUUAUCUUCAUCUUCUCAACCAGCACCAAGAAAAGAGUUAAUGAAUUUAAUUAUUGAAAAAAUGAAGGCAAGUGGAGAUGAAAUGUUUCUUGAUGACUUAAAUAAAUCAUUAAAUCCUGAUGGUAAUGAAGAAUUAUCAAAGAAGUUAACUGACUUAUAUGCUCGUGUUUUGACUGUAUCAAAACAAACAGAAUCUCCUUUAAUUGUAACACUAAAGAAAGAACACUCUUCUAAAAAACCCAAAAAAAGAAGCGAGAAAAAGAAUGAAAAGAAACCAGAAUUAAGUAAAUAA